AUGUCUCUUUCUUCGCCUUCCAAAGAUCAAUUGGAUGGCUUGAUCCAGGAAAUUAAUCAAUGGGCUAUCACUAAUGGAUUAGCUAUGUAUCCGCCUAAAUUUGAAGCGAACCCAUCAAAAGCUUCGGUGUCGCCGGUGACCGUCUACCCAACCCCAAUUCCUAAGAAGUGUUUUGAUGAGGCCGUUCAAAUUCAGCCGAUAUUUAAUGAAUUAUAUGCGCGUAUAACCCAAGAUAUGGCCCGUUCUGAUUCAUUAUUGUUCAAAACUACUCAGGCAUUGGCUUUGUCAGAUCCAGAAUUCACUGGCAAAUUAUGGUCCUUAUACUUAGAUACUUUAAACGUUGGCGAAAAAAACAAAAAGCAGAAUUUAAAACUAGGUAUAUUUAGGUCUGAUUAUUUAAUUGAUAAGAAGAAUGGUAAUGAUCAAAUCAAACAGGUUGAAUUCAAUACAGUAUCAGUUUCAUUUGCAGGCCUCGCUGGGAAAGUUGAUCGAUUGCACACCUAUUUAAAUAAAUCAAACAAAUACGAUUUUAAAGGGUCAUACUAUAAUGAACAAGAUAUGGUCAUUUCUGAUUCAGGAUUUUUGUUGUCUAAAGCAUUGGCUAUAGCCGUUGAAUCCUAUAAAUCACAGCAAAAUUUUCCCAUUUCAAGUGACCCUAUCGUAGCAUUCAUUGUGCAAAGAAAUGAGAGAAAUGUGUUUGAUCAAAAAAUCUUGGAAUUAAAUCUCUUAGAAAAGUUUAAUAUCAGAUCCGCCAGGCUGACAUUUGAUGAUGUUCACGAGAAGUUGUUCACUAACAAUGAAACAGGCAGAGUUUUUAUCAGGGAUACUAAGCAAGAAAUAGCGGUGGUUUAUUACAGAACUGGUUAUACAACUACUGAUUACACUUCUGAAAAGGACUGGGAAGCAAGAUUAUUUCUGGAAAAAAGCAUUGCUAUCAAGGCCCCAGAUUUGCUUACCCAAUUAUCUGGCUCCAAAAAGAUUCAGCAACUGUUGACUGAUGAGAACAUAGUAAGUCAAUAUGCCCCUAAUUUCGAAGAGAAAAAUAGCUUGCUAAAGACGUUUGUUAAAAUAUAUCCAUUGGAUAAUACGGAACUGGGUAAGGAGGGCAAGAGGUUGGCCUUAAGUAACCCUUCAAAAUACGUACUAAAACCGCAAAGAGAAGGCGGUGGUAACAAUGUUUACAAAGAAAACAUCCCUGAUUUCCUGAGAAGUAUCGAAGAGUGUCACUGGGAUGCAUAUAUUCUCAUGGAGUUGAUUGAGCCCGAAUUUAAUAAAGAUAAUAUUAUAUUGCGUGAUAACAAGCCUUAUGAAGAGGCAAUAAUCAGCGAGUUAGGAAUUUAUGGCUGCAUUUUAUUUGAUGACAGGCAAGUUUUAAUGAACGAAUUUAGUGGCUCAUUAUUAAGGUCCAAAUUUAACACUUCGAAUGAAGGUGGCGUGGCGGCAGGAUUUGGAUGCUUGGACAGUAUUGUUCUUUAUUAA